CUUUUUGAUACGGGCAAUUCCGUAUGCGAGACUACCGUCGUCAAAUUAAUCAAUAUUGAUAAAAUAAUCUGCAAAUUGUUCAGUCUUAAAGGAAACGUUGUUAUUGCUCAUUAUAGACAAAUAAAUGAUCCACGUCUUUAAUAAACAUUUUUUAAACCAGCUGAGUCAAUAUACGCGUUCUUAAACCUCAUUUGACAGUCGAAAUUCUGUAGUUAUUUUAUUUUGGUGGAUAGCUUUGACGCUGCAAUAUACUAUUUCAUAGUGAUUUAAUCAGAAUUAAUAAUAAAAAUGAAAUUGAAAUUAAUUUUAAUUUUACUGGCGGUGAUUCAGUUUAUUGGCCAAGGUCAAGCGGAUGAGGCUAACUUAAAUGAUGAUGAAACUAACGGAUCAGUUGAUCGAAAUGCGGCGAAACAUAGAGCUAGGAAUUGUCCCAUGGAACGUUAUGGCAUGUGUCCGGAUAUUGGUGAUGAUGAUAUUACAUAUGAAUCGCAAAAGAAACGUUCAGAAAAGAAAACAAAAGCUGUGGGAUUGAUUAUAGAAAUUGGACGAAUGGUGAAAACGCAUAAGCUGAUUGGUAUUUGCGUGACGCAAUUGUUAAAACCGAAGAAGGACGUGGACAUCGUUCAGCAAACAUAACAAAAGUUCUUUAUUUUAUCCUUUUAGAAACAUCAGACGUAUCGCCAUAUAAUUGUUAAAUCUUUUACUUCUUUUAUUAGAAAUACAGCUAAGUUUUCAACGCAAAAUCUUUUACUUCAUUA